AAUAACAUAACCUCACUUAAAAAAAAUCGUUUUUCCCGUUAUACUUACAUAUUUAUCAUGAAAUAGUUUUGCUACAGCGACAACACGCACCAUGUACAACUUCCUAGACCCCAAACUAAUGCCAAAGCUACAAUGCAGCGCCCCCGCAAUGGACAACUACGAGCCCCACAAUUUAAUCAGCGACAACGAAGCCGUAAGGGCCCGGGGCUUCCUCGCUUACACCGUAACGCGCCCCCCUAUCGAGCUCGAGUUCGAGUUUCUCUGCUCGGUAGACAUUUCUUUCAUAAUUUUGCAAACUUCCAUUGGGAAUCAAAAGUGCACCGGAAUCGAACUUUUCGCCAGAAGUGAAGCCUCCUCCUACGUUUCUAUAGCAAAGGCGGUUUAUAACACACCCGGACUCACCUUUUGCACCAGCAGGAAGUACUCACGGACGAAUUUACCGCCCAACCAUGACCCAACCAACGGGUUGUUUUUUUUUAAGAAUGACACAGUUCGCGUUUUUAUGAAUGCGAAAUUUUUGAAAGUGGUGAUUUUUAGGACCGAGCGGACUGUUCCGUGUUUGGGGGGGAUUAAGGUGUUUGGGAAACCGGCGAGGAGUUGCUCGGAAGCCACUGUGACCACGAUUGAUAGAAUCAUGGGGCGGAUUGUACCGAAAGUUACCACUGGUGGAAAAGAAAAUAAUACCAAUUUUGCGAUUCCACAAGACUUUAUUGAUGAUUUAACUUGUGAGGUUAUGGCGGUUCCCAUGACCCUUCCAAGCGGAAAAACGGUAGAUAGGGAUACUUUAGAAAAACACAUAGAAAAUGAGAAGUCGUUUGGGCGAAAACCAGGUGACCCUUUCACUGGAUUGAACUUUACAGAAAAUCGAAAGCCUGUGAUGAAUGUAGCUUUAAAAAGCCGGAUUGACAUGUUUCUAAUCCAGAAUUCAACCAAUCCAAGCACUUUUAGUUUGAAACGAACCCUAGGUAGUGACCAAAUUAAUAGCUUUAAGAGACUGAGGACCAGUGAGACCAGUGUUCAGUGUUGUGUUUGUCAACAAGACCAAAAUUUGUAUGAAAUUCCGUGUCGGCAUUAUUAUUGUAGACAGUGUUUACUAACCUUAUUAUCACACAAGUGUAACAUUUGUAACACUGAAUUUUCAAAAAGUGAAGCCACUCGCUUUCAUGUUUAAUUUUUCUAAUAAAAUGAAAUUCGCGCUUGGAAA